GUGACUCGGUCUUGCCUUCUCUUUUUUGCAACCUUUGCAGCAGAUCAAAAGAAAGAAGCAUGAGUCCGCGAUCAAACGCGUGUUCCACCUGCCGUUCGCGCAAGGUCAAGUGUGAUAGGAGUCUACCAAGAUGCUCGGCCUGCAGGCGACUAAAUCUGGAUUGCGUUCAACAAGGCGCUGUCCAAGGAUUAAUAUGGCUUGACCCUGGAGUGCCUAAUAAGACUACUUCUCGGAAAUGUAGCACAGAAUCUCCGGAAAGAGAGAUGGGUCUUCGUAGGAAACCACUAUUCUCAGAUCGCGAGCGCAUUGCAGAAUGCUCCAGGAUGACAAGACAGAUUUCAGAGCACCAAGUAGAGGGCCUUCUUUUUCAAAUGGAUGCUCAGGCCGAUACACUGGAAUACGAUGCACCACUAAAUCAUGGACCGUUUGGAAUCUUCUCAUUGCACAGACCCAAGUCACCGUCGCUCACGCCUUCUUCACCACCUGUACCUGAGCCCGUAGCUCUACCAAUCAUCAAUGCACUACCGGAGGACGACUGGUACGGCAUUGACUUCUUGAAUAUCGAGCAACCUUCGCACGAUUUCCAACCUGUCAUGGCAAAGACCCCUCUCCCCAUGUCUUGGGCCACUUCUCCAUCAAUGUUCAACUUUGGUGAAGGAAUGGAUGAGGCUUUUGACAUAAGUCUGAAUACAGCCGAGGAUCCUUCUGGAAUCACCGACCUGGCCAGGUUCUUCCCUCUCAGCCCUCGCUUACCUACACCAGUCACUUUGACCUUCUCUCAGGACGUUGGAGGAAUGGCGCCUGGAGUCAUGCGCACCUUACUGGACCACUAUCAAACUUCGAUGAUGUCCUGCUUUACACCGUUACAUCACGAGAAGCCUCCAUGGAAGAUUCUUCAUUUGCCUUGCGCCAUAUCAGCAUAUGGAGAAUUGUCCCUCCUCGGCGAUUCAAACAACGCUAAGAUGACGUUACUCUUUGCAGUCCUUGCUAUGAGCGCUUUCAACUUAAAGCACCUGCAGACGGAUCCCAUGGAAGCUGAUAAUUGGCAGUCUAUUGCGGAGUCGUAUCGUGAGAAAGCAAAGGCGCGACUGAAGACUUGCCUUCGCGAACAGAGCGAAGAGAAGAAGAAGUCAAAGUACAAGGAAGUCCUAAUGGCUCUGACCAGCAUGGUUACAGUCUGCGUGGUCAGUGGUCAAAUGCAGGAAGCAAGAUGCUAUCUUCUGGACGCGGAACGCUUCAUCUACAUGCAAAGCCAAAAGAAGCCCAAGCAAUCACGAAAAUGCAACAUGCUGCAUAGCAUCUAUCUAUACCUACGGAUCAUCGAGGAAAGCACUUUUACCCCCGUCGAGGGUUCUCAGCCCUUCUUGGCCGAUCAGCCGUAUGCUAUGACAAAUCAGACACCGAACGCGCUCUGUCGCUACCCCUCUCUAUGGACCGACCAUUUGAAGCUGGGCUCAGAUAUGGACUUUCAGGAUAUGGCAGAUCUGGAGACACGGCUGGUGAAGUUUCCCGCUGACCAGGACGAACCGACCAUGUUCGAGCAAAUUUACGGCAUUCCUGAAUCACUCUUCCGUCUGAUCUCCCAUGCCACACAUUUGGCCGAUGAGGUUCGCCGUAGUCGCUCUGCGAACUCCGGUGGCAUGUCUCGCGAUCUUGAGCAGAGGGCGAAGCUCACCGAGAGCAAGAUUUGCAACUGGAAGAACCCUUACAAGCUUCUGGCUGAGAGACAGACCUUGAUUGUUUACGGACCUGCGGAAAGAUCCGACAAGAUUGAGGUGCGAACAGACUUGCUCUACAACUUCCUAGAGGCUAUGCACUCUGCUCUGAUCAUCUAUUUCUACCGCCGAGUCAGAGACAUGAACGCAAUGUCAUUGCAGCACUGGGUUGGCAAGACAAUUCACAACCUUCUGGAGCACGAGAAGAAGAAGAACAAGUACGGCGAUACAUCUGCCUACGUCGCUUGGCCCGGUUUCAUCGCUGCUUGCGAAGCCUUGGAUCCUGUGCACCGCGAGCAAAUCUCGGCGUUCAUGUUCAGAGCCGGUCAACAGUCUGGUAUGGGAAUGUUCGGCACUGCCACCGAGGUAGCAACAAAAGUGUGGGCAGCGAGGGAUGACACGAACUCGUGCGAUGUUUCGUGGAGUGACAUCUUGGCUACAAGCAAGAAUGGGUUGAUUGUCACAUGAAGAGAUGGAAAGAAAACUGAUGACUGAUGAUUAUGAUUUUACGAAUAUACCAAAAAGCUCAAUACUUAAUUUUGACUACUUUAUACC